CUUAGUUUGGUAAAUAAUUUGGGCACGAGUCUACUUUAUAAAAUAGUUUUGUAAUAAAGCUUUACUUUGGAAAAUGAUACGGACCUACGGGGUAGUUUGUAGUUUUCAACGUUUCUAUUGUUGGACUCAUACUUUGUUCAACUCAUCAUCAUCAAUCUGGGUCCCUUCCCCUAAAUCACUCCUGACGCAGUCACGCCAAACCAAACCAUUCCAAACUUUGGAACCAUUCCAAAUUCAAAUUCCGACAACCACCACUCUCCAUCUCUCUGUGUAUGAUCCAAAAAUGUCAUCAAUAAUCUACCAAAUCUUGACCUCCACAAGCCUCCUCUCCCUGGGCCUCUACCACCUCAUCUCCACCACCCGCAACUUCCUCAAAUCCCCACAAUCCUUCACCUCCAAACCAUUCCACCCCCUCCCACUCUCUCCCUCCUCCUCCCACCUCCGCCUCCUCCCUCUCUACGCCACCAUCACCACCCUCUUCCUCUCCUUCCUCCACUCCCUCCUCUCCUCCUCCCUCCCCGACCCCCUCAUCCACGGCCACUCCCCUGUCCACCUCUUCACCUCCCUCCAAUCCGCCUCCAUCUCCUUCCUCUUCCUCCUCCUCUCCCUCUCCCUCCUCCUCUCCGAAUCCACCUCCCUCUUCUCUCUCCUCCCUUCCGACCUCUUCUUCGCUCUCGCCUCCUCCUCCUUCUUCCUCUCCUCCUCCGUCUCCUCCUCUCGUUCCGCUCUUCUCACCUCCGAUCUUCAAUCCCGUUGCGACUCCAUCUCGUCUACCAUCUCUCUAAUCUCCUCGAUUCUCUGUCUCGCUCUUGCCGCCUUUCCCAGGCUGUUCGUCUUUGACGUCGGCCUCGCUGCGUCGGUGUGUUUGCAGGGUCUUUGGGCUCUGCAAACUGGGUUGUCUCUCUAUGUGGAGGCGUUUAUUCCGGAAGGGUGUCAUCGUCUUCUUGAUGUUGUUAGUGGUGUUGAAGGGUCCACCAAAUGUGAGCUCGAGGACUCUAAGCUUCGUGCGAUUGCGAUUCUUGAUUUUGCGUUUUUGAUUCAUGUGGGUGUUGUUGUCAUCUUGGUGUUUGUGGUUUAUGCCGUGGUUUCUAAGGCUUUGGGUGUUUCUAGAAGAUUUGGGGGGUCUUAUGAGGUUCUGCCUACUGCUGCUGAUACUAAUCAUGUUCAGUUGAAGACUUUGAGUGGCACUCAGGCUUAAUUUGGGUUUUUUUUUUCAAGGUUGGUAUAUCUUGUGCAAUAGUUCGAGUUAACAGAUCAUCAUUUGUGGGGGGAUUGAUUAAUGUGUAAAUGAAGUCCCCUAGAUGCAAGCACAUCUACUGCAGUUUCUAUGUUUGCAGAGCAGCAGGGGAAACACCUCAACCAGUGGCCAUGGAGAAAUAUAAAAGAAAAGAAUGGUGCUGCGUACUUUUGAAGUGGAUUGUUACCCGCCUCUCUUAUGCUAACUUAGAGCAUAUUUACAAUUUUCAGCAAAGCUGUGUAGUCUGCUUGGAAAUCAAAAUUUUGUUGAAAUUUCUAUCAUAGAAUUGGGGAGCUUAAAUUAGGCAUUUGGAUUAAAUUCUCAUUGAUCAGUGCCCAUUGCCCAGUUUUAAAUUCUUACUCUUAUCUAAUACAUUAAAAGCAUGUUUUUCUCGAGUC